AUGCCCGGCACUCAACCCCGCGUGCUCGCCAUGUCAUUUCUCCUCGCGGCCGCAAAAGAGAGCGUCAAGGGCUCGACCGAUCCGGAGGACCUCCAUGUCUGCAUAUCGGCCCUCCACCACCGUCAAUCCCACGAGCAGAUCGUCGUUCCCCAGGAAGCCGCGGACGUUGAGCGUCGGCGAAUAAAGGACCGUCCACGUGAGGUUAAACACCUGCUUGGCAACCGUCAGUCCUGUCCUCGCACCAACAUGCCAUGCCCAUGCCCUGGUCUCUCACCGCACUUCCGGUUUCACCCAGCCCUUCCGUUAUCGCCCAGCCCUUCCGGUAUCACUCAGCCUUCCGGUAUCACCCAGCCCUUCCGGUGCUACAUCAACAACACUAGGAGUGAUGACGACGUUGUAUCGGCUAGUCGUCUCAUGCCACUGGCGGCGGAGACGGCCAAUUUCGUGUGCUUCCAAACCUCCCUCGGAGUCGUCUGA